AUGUACGGUGGCGUCUUCACUCUUAUCAUCCAAGGACUUCGGCAUCCAAGAGUUGGUGGUAUCGGGAGAGUGUGGAGUGUAGCCGUGGAGAGUGGAAGAACUGCUGAACUAUUCAGAUAUGAUCCAAGAAUCGAUCAGUACAACAGCAUCUGGAUUAACAUCGUUUCUGGAACGAUCACGUGGUUAGCUUCAUUCGGCGUCAAUCAACUGGCCAUUCAGAGAUACGCCAGCCUCCCCUCACUCCGAAAAGCACAGAACAUCUCUAUGCACGCUGUUUAUGUCAUCAUUUUGUGCUCAGAUCGUGGCUUUUCGUUCGGGUUCAUCACUUUAGCCUAUUUCUACAAUUGUAAUCCAGUUGACACAGGAGAGAUAACUGAAACCGAUCAUCUCACCAUCCUGUUCGCUAGGGAUAUAUUACAACCAACUCCUGGAUUGUUUGGACUAUACGUGUCCUGCAUUAUGUCCGCCACGCUCUCUACACUUUCGAGUGGUAUGAACAGCAUGGCGGCGGCAAUCUACGAAGACUUCCUCAAGCAAAGACUCGAUGGCAAAAUAACCGAUCAUCAGGCAACACUUCUCAAUAAAGCGAUUGUCGUUGCUUGUGGUGUUUCAUCUACUGCCCUUGCCUUUGCAGCUGAUCCCUUAGGUGGCAUUCUAAGGGUUUGCGUCAGUGUAAUGGGUGCGUUGUCUGGGCCUAUGGUGGCGAUUUUCGUGCUGGCCAUGUUCUUUCCACGAUCAGGUUUCUGGAGUUGUAUAGUGUCAUUUGUCGUGUCCAACAUCAUCAUGAUCGUCAUCUGCAUAGCCAAUUAUGUCGAAGACCCCUAUCGAGAACUAUUUCUACCGACGAACUCGAGCAGUGCAGGAUGUGGGUCACACAACUUCACAGUACGGCAGCCUCCGCUAUAUAACGCUCACUACGGUGAUCCGAACACCAUGUUCAUUUCGAGGAUUUCCACUUACGGUUACGCCGGAGUUGGUUUCGCCAUAAUGAUGGCAAUAGGAACCACUAUCAGUUUUUUCAAAGCUGAGCAACGACCAGAAAGAAUACGGCACCUCACCUUUGCAGGAAGGAAGGAGCCGUGGCCGGAGUCUCAUCAUGAGUUUGACCAUUUCAUUCGUGCUGGUGGAACCAGAUGA